AUGGCCUCAUUGUUCCGCCCACCUGAGUCUACGAGGCAGAAUGCGCGGUCUCCGCGGUUGAAGCUGCCUCCGUUGAGCAACGUCAGUCUUGCGGUGCCUGGGGAGAGUCCCACUGGGAAGCUCAGUGCUACGUCGUCGCGUGGGUCGAGUGCCACGUCUGCGAACAUGAAGAGGCCCAUGCCGCCGCCGCUGCCGAAGCUGGACGUUCCGCUGAGUGCGGCGAGCUCCACGGAAGGGCUUGUGCGUAAGAUGAAGCAGCUCUCGGUGGAGGAUGAGAGUCCUCAGAGCGGAAGUUCGCGCGGUGUGGAACGGGAUGACACCACAGCUGUCAACCAGUCUGUUGACUCCUUCUUCUCUAAUCUGAUAUCUGUCUAUGACCAGAGCUCGAGUGCUAUCACGAGCCCCAAAAUCGAUGAACCAGAGGAUUCGGCGGUGAAGGAUGCCCUGGCAACUCGGGUGCCCAGGUCAUUGACGCAGGGUAAGGACAUUGAUGAGUUGAGUGAAGAGGUGUGGCACAGCAAGAAUUUACUCGCGGAGAUAGAGACACAAGGUGUGCUAGGAGAAGGCGCCGGAGGUUCGGUGGCCAAGUGUAAGCUAAGGACAGGAAAGAAAGUGUUUGCAUUGAAGACGAUAAAUAUACUGAACGGCGACCCUGAGUUCCAGAAACAGUUGCUCAGAGAGUUGCAAUUUAACAAGAGUUUUAAGUCCGAGUACAUAGUGCGGUAUUUCGGUAUGUUCACCGAUGAGCAGAAUUCUAGUAUAUACAUAGCCAUGGAAUACAUGGGAGGGAAGUCCCUGGAGGCCAUAUACAAGGAGCUGCUUAGUCGAGGUGGGAGGAUAAGUGAGAAAGUGUUAGGUAAAAUCUCAGAAGCAGUGCUGCGAGGCCUAUCGUAUCUGCAUGAGAAGAAAGUUAUCCACAGAGACAUCAAACCUCAAAAUAUCCUUCUCAAUGAAGACGGUCAAGUUAAACUGUGCGACUUUGGUGUAAGUGGUGAAGCAGUAAACUCAUUAGCUACCACCUUCACAGGAACGUCUUACUACAUGGCGCCAGAGAGAAUUCAAGGCCAGCCCUACAGUGUCACCUGCGAUGUGUGGUCAUUAGGGCUGACGAUAUUAGAAGUAGCACAAGGCCACUUCCCGUUUGGACCUGAUAAGAUGGCUACAACGAUCGCACCCAUCGAGCUACUAACACUUAUCCUCACAUUCACACCACACUUAGACGACGAGCCCGACAAGAACAUUAAGUGGAGCAGGGCCUUCAAGUCCUUCAUCGAGUACUGUCUCAGAAAGGAGGCCCGUGCUAGACCAUCUCCAAGACAGAUGAUCCAGCACCCAUGGAUACAGGGCCAGAUGAAGAAACAAGUGGAUAUGAGGAAGUUUAUCACUAAAUGCUGGCAGAAGUGA